UGUUGCUGAAACUUCUCUUCCCGCAUCUCAGCUACUGGAGAGACCCCGACGCCACCUUCCAUCAUGAGCGAGAGACAAGGAUCUGGAGCAACUGCUGGCAACAACAAGACGUCUGGAGAACAAGACGCGUCCAAGACGGAGGUCGCAGAGGACUUUGACAUUGACAUGGAAAACCCGGAAACUGAGAAGGCCGCGGUCGCCAUCCAGUCCCAGUUCAGGAAGUUCCAGAAGAAGAAGCGGGUGGAGAAGUCCUAGUGAGCGCCGGGUCGC